GUUUCCAAGGAUUACAAUUAAUUAGAUUGACCUCUGUUCCUUACCCCCGAAAAAAACAAAAAGCAAAAAACCGAAGUUUGACAAAAUUAGAAAACCAGAUUUCUAAGAAAAGUCCGGGGUCCUGGCAAGCACAAUACGGAAGAGACAAGAUUUUUAUUUCGUUAGCAUUUUUUUGGCAUUUUUCUUUUAACAAGGUCCAUGAUACUGAACGGAGCCUCGGUGUCAAAUUCUUACACCAAUAUAUCUUUUCGGUUGUUACCUUUUACAGCCCCGACCCCUCCCAUAUCAGCUGGUAACUGACAUUUGGAGUAAGCCAUUACUCAAACAAACUAUUCAGUGGCCAUAUCCAUAUUUAAUACAGGUUUAUCAGGUAAUAUUUUUCCUCGCCUUUCCCACGAAGAAUUUUUAUGGUUCAAAGAAGGCUACCACUAACGAAAGGAAAUCAAAACUAGAAAUUCCAAGCAUAACUGAAGCAUUAUGGGAGUGUUCAUACUCCUAAUGUUUCAGUUGACCAUCAUAUGCUUCCCGUCAUCCUUUGCGGAGGAAUACAAGUUCUGUGAUGCAAAACCGCUGGGAAAAUACUGCCUGCCCGACAACUCAGGAUGGCGAGAAUGUUUGAUUGAUGCUUUAGAUGAGCCCGCCGAAGAGCUACAUCACUGCCCAGCAGGCCUCAAGUGUGUUUGUAGCGGAAAACUUGAACAAGGCUACUGUGUCACGCAUGCGCGCAACCCGUGCGUCCGUUCCUCGACUGAACGCGUUCGCCCAGAGUUUCCACAGUCAUACUUUGGCGUGAUCUUUGUAACCGAUGCGUUCUGCGACAAGGAUGGCUGCGAAGGCCGCAUCGUGGUGAGUGAGAAAUACCGCGACAACAAGAAGGGUGGUAGAUCACGGGAGGAUCUUGUGAUGGGGCUCACGCAGCACAUGACGGUUAUAAUUAUGCCUGAAGGAUCAGAGUGGUCACAGUACGCCAUUGAUUUAAAGGAAGGCACACCUGCCUGCAACAAAACCAUGCUACCGGAAUUCCGAGGCCUGACGAAGGUUCCCGAAAACUUCCGAUUUAAUGGUACUGUGGAAAUUCUGGGCGUGGAAUGUGAAGAUUGGGUCUAUGAAGCUAAUAAUCAAGGCAACUUCAGCGCAGUCAAGGAUAAAGCCAAGAACGUCGGAUUUAGUCAGACUGUCCGCGACAAAAUCUUGACGCGCCUCACGGAUAAUUUAGGUUCUGGAGGUGUAGGGGCGGGGGGACAAAUUGUCGAAGUUCACCACAUCUACGUGGCCAAAAUUAAUGGUACCAACGUCCCCCUGAAGGUGGAAUUUGCCAUCGCGAUCCCUAACCAGAAAAUCUUCACUCACUACAAAGAAUUCAUGGUGGCUUACUACCCCAACAAGUCCAUCAGCAUCAGCAGCGAGUCCCGGAUUUUUGAUCUCCCGGAUGUCUGCACGAAUCAGGAGGAAGGGGAGGGUGGGGCGAUUGACGACGUGCCGCUGGAUAUACAAACGGUAAAACGCCAGCGUCACCAUCGACUGGAGGGAAUGGGUUCGAGGGACGAUGAGUUUGCGGAAACUAAGCGAUUUUUUAUGCCUUCAUUGAAAAACGAUGUGGCUGGACAUUCUUCGGACAUUUUGGAACAUUACAGAGUUGCUGAUCACGUGAUGCAAGCCGUGCAAACUGACAGCAAAUAAUCACAUACAAUCAUCUUUGAAAACAGCGUGACAAAAAGGAUCGAUUAUAUAUAAUAAAAGAGACAACGUUUCGUUGAAGUUAAGCCCUCUAUUGUACUGUAGUACUAGUUACAACUCAACACAAAACUAAGUUCAAAUGCUAUUAGAAUAACCCAAUUUAAACCUUCACCGGCGUUUUCGGUUGAAGUGAUUCACUACUGAUCCCUAGAUACUAAGGUUCAAAUGCCUAUUGGUAACGUAUAGAUUUAGCCAAGCUUAAGAGCGGAGCUCCCGAGAAGGGUUGUUCAAAGCCUGAUUAAGCUAACCCCAGACAAGCGAGAAUUU